AUACACUCACCUGCCAUAAUAUUAACCUGGGUCGAGAUCACUGUGUUCACUGCUUGGCUCAAAAUAACAAGUAGUUAAAAUAAACAGCCGUGCGUUCAUUAGACGAAGAGGCGCAGCUCCGUUUGGGCGAAUAUAACCUGUCAACAACGCGAAGAAGAGAUGUCCUCCCAAGUCAUACUGAGGCUGCUGCCCAGAGCCAGAUGCAUGUUUGAUGAGCCUGUUCAGGUGACGGUGUCUGGGCUGAGGGCGAGACAGGUGGUCACCAUGAGAGCCAGGUCAGCUGACGAGAAAGGAGUGGAGUUCAGCUCCUCGGCCACCUACAAGGCUGAUGGGAACGGGGAGAUCGACCUGGUGAGAGACCCCUCACUCAGUGGGAGCUAUGUCGGGGUUGAACCCAUGGGUCUGCUGUGGUCGAUGAGGCCAGAUGUCUUGCACAAAAGGUUUCAAAAAACCAAAUCAUUAAACCCCCACGUGGUGAAGUUCUCUGUGCAUGAGGAGGAGGGGGAGGGCAGGAUGCUGGCAGAGGCGACCAAUGAGAGGCUUGUGAUGGGAGACGGGGUGAGCCGGCGUCCUGUCAAAGAGGGGAAUAUUCGUGGAGUCCUGUUCACUCCCCCAGGAGGAGGUCCGUUCCCUGCUGUGUUGGAUCUGUACACUUUUGGUGGAGGUUUGUCAGAGAAAAGGGCCUCUCUGUUGGCCAGCCGUGGAUUUGUGGUUCUGACUGUAGCCCUGUACGGUCAUGAUGACAUGGCGAAGAACAUCUCAGAGGUCCAUCUGGAUUAUUUUGAAGAAGCAAUCGAGUUUUUAAGAAAACAAGACAAGGUGGGCAGUAAAGGAGUUGGUGUAAUAUCAAUUUCAAAAAGCGCAGAUCUUGCACUAUCAAUAGCCUCUUACCUGCCAGAUGUCGAGGCCACGGUGUGGAUAAAUGGCUGCUGUGCCAAUAUUUUUUUACCCCUUCACUAUAAGAGGAGCCAAAUCCAUCCUGGGUUAAUGUUUGACAGCAGCAAGAUGAUUCCCACUGAGUCAGGGGCCUUUAAUUGCAAGUAUGCUACACAUAAUCCUUUGGCGGAGGAGAACAAGGCGACCCUGAUCCCCAUUGAACAAGCCAAGGGGCGUUUCCUCUUUGUGGCUUCAGAGGACGACCUCAACUGGGACAGCAAGACUUACGUGGACAUAAUGGUGGAGAGACUGAAGCGUCAUGGGAAGCAGAACUUUGAGAGUGUGUGUUACCCUGGAGCAGGACAUUACCUCGAGCCGCCUUAUGGACCCUACUGCCCCUCCAGUUUUCAUGGGGUUGUAGGAAAGCCAGUCCUGUGGGGGGGUGAGCCCAGGUCCCACGCUGCAGCUGAAGUCCACCUGUGGAAGAAGAUCCAGGAGUUCUUCACAACUCACCUGAGCUGUGAUGCUACACAGACUAAAGCCAAUUUAUAGAUACAGAUGUCAUAUUAUGGAAGACAUAAGAGAUAAAUCACCAGCCAAAUAACUGUGAAUAAUCGUAUAUGAACGCUGUGGAAUGAAGCAAAUGAUUUAAUAUUUGAUUGAUGAUUGCACAUUUCAUGUAUUUAACAAUAAUGACCAAUCACAGCAUGAUGCAGAAAUGAUACUGUACGCUGAGAACAAAUGCAAAGACUUUUGUGUUUCACUCAAAGCGAUAACUGACCUAUCAAAGUUUGAGAAUAGAAAGAGAAAUUGACAAACUCAAAUGUGAAAAAUUAAAAGUCUAAUAUGAAAGUGGCAGUUGGAAACAGAUCAAGACGAAAAGAAAUAUUUCACUGACAAAAUGACCGUUUGUAUAUAGUUACUCAGUGCAUUACUUGAAUUGCAAAAAGAAAACUUUGCUUUUCUGGCACGCCUUCACAGUGAAAGAGGAAUUCAAUUAUUAAUGAACCGAAGUAAUCAGGGUCUGCCAAGACAACAGCAAAACUAUAUCAAAACCUACGUUUAUACGUUGUAUAAUCCAAGUCUGGUUUAUCUGGUCUUAUUAUCAGUACUUCCCAAACAGAUGUGUUAUUGCCAAAAUGUUACAGUAAGAUUUCCAGAGCUUAAGGCAAGUUAGAUUUAAGACCUUUUAAGGAUGCUUGGGAACCCUGGCCAAUAUAAAACACUUCUGCCUAUGAGUAGCACUCCCUGAACGUAUCUGGGCACGAUCCCGCCUUUAAACUGAGUUCAAAUGCAUGUGCCUGCCCAGGCAUUGUCUGUGUGGUAGAUGGUUUGUUCUGACAUGUUUUUAAUCAUAAUAUUUUAGCAAAAAGCAUGUGUUUGGGAAGUACUGAGCUCUGUCAGUACUCUCGCCGAUGUUUAGUGCUGUUUAUGGACUUUAUGGACAACUCAUACACUCUGAAUGUCUGAAAGAACCACUUUAAGAUUGUCCGCUCGUGGGCCCUCGUAUAAUUUUGAUUAGAUUUUUGAUGUUUAUGGUAAGUGAACAACUGCUGUGUUUAAGUAAUUUACUUAUACAACCUGUCAUUAGAGAGCUACACUCCUUGCGGUUCAAUGGAUGCCAACCAUUUCAAGUUACAACCACCAUGACAGGUUCAAUGAACGCGUUUGCCAGACAAACACAGUUAUAACUCGCCUAUUAUGCCUUAUCAUAAUCCUCAGUCCUCAUAAAGUUGUCAUACACUCCCAAAGGUCCAGAUGAUCUAAAUCCAUUUUUAUUACAUUAUUGCAUCGAAAGAUACCCACAGGCUGCUGAUGCAUCAUUGCACAUGUCCAUAGUUCUUACUGUAUGCAAAAAAAAUCCACUUUGCAUAUAAAUUUGCAGACACAUCCAUAUGAAAAAGGUGGCUGAAGUCUGACCUUUUGAUUGACACCUCACUUAAGCCAAUAGGGGCUUCCAUGUUGUCUCAACAGCCAACAAUAGCCAAUGAGAGCCCGUGUUAACAAGAAGGGCCUUCCUCAGUUCUCAGGUUAGCAGCUGUCUUGCUGACCUAUGGGUAUUGUAAUCAGUGAUACUCCUAACCUCCAGAGGAGUGUUGAACUCAUUACUGGCAUUAUAGACUGUCAUUAAUGUACAUAAAUGAUUAACAAGUUGCUCCUCUGUUGUCUUAAGGGGAAAAAACAGCCUCUUAUCACUUUUCUAGAAGUGUUCCCCCCCAGUAAACUUGUAAAUUUCUGUCUGUAUUUGUUUUUCACUCAAAAUAACACAGUGAGUAACCAAGCCUUGUCUUAACCUCAUUUUUGGAGAGCGCCUAGACAAAACCUUAAACAUGUUAAAUAUUUAUCGUUUGUGAUAAUAUUGUCUACAUUGAAUUUGGACUAUUCUAGGCUUCGUGCUUUGGUCCCAUCAUGUUUUCCAGCUUAUAAGUACCAGUUCUAGUCAUCCACAUCAUCUUUUUUCAAGAAAAAUAUUAAGGUGAAAAUAAAGACAAAUCAUCUCAGUGUGUUGAAACAUCUGUGACUCACUGACAGAAGCACUCAUAGUGAUUCUGACUUCAGUGUGUUACCUUGUAAAUUAGCCCAAGUGGAGAAUUUUGCACGUGCAAACUUUGACACAAUCUUCUAACACAAUUUGCCUCUUUUUAAAGACAGCUGUUGUGUCUGUGUGUUGUGAUACCAAUGCAGGACAAAGCAGGAGUAUUAUACUCACAUUUUUUCAGAUCAAAAGCACUAGAAUAGAUGAAUGAGUGGCGUUUUAGUUUAAUGAAUAAAAGCAAAGGAUAAGGCAGUCAAAGAAUGCACCUUCUUUAUGAGUCUGAAGAGGCUUAGAGCAGAAGAAGCUGUCGAUAAUGGAAGUCUUGAAAUACAAUGUAAAGUGCUCUUAGUUCCUUUGAAUGUCACGGUGAAUAAAGCAGCUAUCUCACGUCUCACGAAAACAGGAAUGCGGACUGAAGUUUUGACUCAGGGUACAGCUUGUCAGGCUGGGUAACUUUACUUCCCUAUGUACACUAAAGUGGUAGCUGCUUGGCUGACUUCAGAUGGUCUGAUGUUGGGAAUAAAUGUUCUUGAGUCAAAGCAUCUAGGACUGUUUUGUCUUUUUAAAGAAUUUGUCAUCAUAUUCAAAUUUGGUUGCUGCAGAGUAGGAGGAAAAUGGUCUGUUGUCUUAAAAUACAGACUCAUAUGAUUGCUGCAAUGUAUUAGUGAAGUUUAAUGUUUCUUAUAUUUUGUUGUGAAAUAUUUUAUUAAAGAAUAAUAAGUCUCUCA